AUGCUGAAUUUUGAAACUGACCCUGUUAGUGGACAAAAAAGCUUUGGUCUAAAUUUACCAACUCCAUUUGAGAGCCCCGAUGAAACACAAGCUUCUCAGAAAGCGUAUAGCUGUUCGCUACUUAUGUGUUCCGAAGAUAAAUCAACGCCAGUGUGCGCCUGCAAUUUUAUCACGGGCAAUGUUGUAACAUUUAAAAAUAGUUGCGAUAUGAGCAAACAUAAUUGCCGGUUUGACACAGCAUUCAAAGUAAUAUUAAAUGAGAUAUGCCCAUGGGAAUUCAAAUCUCGUCGUUCUAACAAUGAAGUCGAAUUGGAUUACAGUGAUCCCAAGUACUAUAAUAAUAUAGAU